AUGCAUUCCACACAAAUCCUCAGCCUGCUUGCCGCAGUUGGUUUCUCCACCGCAGUAGACGCAUUGGCGAUCCGACAAACAACCGCAGCUUGGCAGACACUGCCACCAACACCAGCGCUACCCACACCAGUCAACACAACUCUAAGCUCCAUCAACGGCGCCGACCUUUGGCUGCAGAAGUACAAUGAGCAGGCUGGCGGCACACCAAUUGUCAUGGACCACGGCGGUCUCGGAUACAGCGCUUACUUCGCCGAUGUCAUCAAGCAACUCGUAGCCAACAAGCACUACGUUAUUGCAGUAGACCGCCGGGGCCACGGACGCAGUACUUUCGGCGCGAACGACGUCUUCACAUACGAUAUGUUCGCCAACGACAUCUUCGCCCAGCUCAACGAGCAGGGCAUCAAGUCAUACAAUGUGGUCGGGUGGUCCGACGGCGCAGCCACGACGCUGUCCAUGCUGCAGAACACCACGAUCGCCCCCGGAAUCCAGAAGGCGUUCGUUUUCGGCGGCUUCAUGGUGCCCGAGGACACCAACGCGACAUUCACGGACACGGCCAUCUACACCGAGUUCGUGACGAGGUGUGCCACCGAGUACGCGACUAACCAGCCCAAUGCCGACUUCAAAAGCUUCGCGACCAAGGUCGGCACGAUGGAGGCGACGCUCCCGCAGUUCACGGCGGCGGGUCUGGGUGCCAUAGACGGCAAGAAGGUCGCCAUUGUGGGCGCUGACCACGAGGAGGCCGUCAACAUGGACGUCCCAGCCAAGCUGGUCGCCGCCAUCCCCGGCAGCACGCAUAUGACGCUCACCGGCGUGAGCCACUUUGCGCCUGUGCAGGACCCUGACCAAUUCACCAAGGCUGUGGAGAGCUUCUUUGCUGCUGCCUAG